UAUGGUUCCAAAAAGCCAAUUCUUUCUUUCUUCCAUUUCUCCUUCAACGAAUAAACAAACCUCUCCAAUUAAUUACACUGCAAAAUCCUCCACACACACAAUCUUUCCUUAUCUCCCUCUCUCUAUUUAAACCACACAGUCCACAAGCAAAAAGAGUCAAAGUCGGGUCGGAGUCGGAGUCAGAGAGCUUCCUGAGAUUUCUAAUCUAAUGGCGUCUACGACGAUCUCUUUUUUCUUUUCAUAUCUCCUUCUUCUUUCCUUUCUUCUCGGGUUGGUAGAAGAAAGUUUCGGUGCUGAAUAUGGCCUCGGUCGGGACGAAUUGGCCCGACGGGAGGCGGAUCGAGUCGUCGGGCUGCCCGGACAGCCACCGGUGAAAUUCAAGCAAUAUGCUGGGUAUGUUACUGUCAAUGAGAGUCAUGGAAGAGCUUUGUUUUAUUGGUUCUUUGAGGCCAUUGAUAAUCCUCAUGAAAAGCCUCUCCUUCUUUGGCUUAAUGGAGGACCCGGAUGUUCAUCAAUCGGGUUCGGGGCAGCCGAGGAAUUGGGACCUUUCUUUCCUCAGAAAGGGGACAAGCCAAAACUCAAGUUCAACCCAUACACUUGGAAUAGAGCGACAAACCUAUUAUUCUUGGAAUCACCUGUUGGAGUUGGAUUCUCCUACACAAAUACUAGUAAAGACAUCAGUGAACUCGGCGACACGAUCACAGCCAAGGAUUCUUAUGCCUUUCUAAUCAACUGGUUCGGGCGAUUCCCCCAAUUCAAAUCACAUGAGUUUUACAUCGCCGGCGAGAGCUACGCAGGCCACUACGUUCCGCAACUUUCAGAGCUCAUUUUCGAUGAGAACAAAAAAAUCUCAAAGAAAAAACGCAUAAACUUCAAAGGCUUCAUGAUCGGAAACGCCUUACUCGACGACGAAACCGAUCAGCGAGGAAUGAUCGACUACGCUUGGGAUCAUGCCGUGAUCUCCGAUAAAUUGUACGAAGAAAUCAAAAGAAACUGCAAUUUCAGCAAUCCGGCUCCGUCAAACGCCUGCGAUGUUUCUCUCAAUCAGUAUUUUGCAGUGUACGAUAUCAUCGAUAUGUACAGUUUGUACACUCCAAGAUGCGUUGAGAAGAAUUCGAGCGGCGGCGGCGGAAGGAAGCAGCGGCGGUUCUCGAUCCACGGCGUUGCGCCUCAGAAUGAAGGAUGGCACAAGAGGCCGAUUGGAUACGAUCCUUGUUCGUCGGAUUAUACCGAAAAGUAUUUGAACAGACCGGACGUUCAAAAGGCUCUGCACGCCAAUGUUACUAAAAUUCCAUAUCCUUGGACCCAUUGCAGUGACAACAUCACAUUUUGGAAGGAUGCACCAUCUUCAAUACUCCCUAUAAUCAAGAAACUCGUGGCUGGGGGCCUUCGCAUUUGGAUUUUUAGUGGAGAUACCGAUGGAAGAAUUCCAGUGACCUCAACUAGGUUGACUUUGAAUAAACUUGGUUUGAAGAUUAAACAGGAUUGGACUCCUUGGUACUCUCAUCAACAAGUUGGUGGGUGGACAAUAGAGUACGAAGGGCUAACGUUUGUGACAGUCAGAGGUGCUGGCCACGAGGUUCCACAAUUUGCUCCAAAGCAAGCUCUCCAACUUAUUAGGCAUUUCUUGGCCAAUCACAAGCUGCCAACUGUCUCUUUUUAGCUUCAUUCUUAAAAAUCUUUUUUUUUUUUAGAAAAAAAGUCGAGGUGUUUUGUUUUCAGUUUAAUCCACAGGAACUUGUCCACGAAAAUGCCGAGGGCAAAGAAAUUAGGCUAAUUUUUACCUUCUUUAUUAUCUUGCAACUUGUGAAUUAAAAUAAUAAUAAUAAUAAUUUCGUAGUGGUAUCUAUUUCGCCACAUU